UGUACUGUACAUGACAAAAGCAGGAGGAUGGAGAGAGUGAAAUAAAUCCAUACCUACUUCUUAUUUUAUCACAGCCUCUUUCUUGUAAUUUGGCAGGAAGAGGGGUUUUGGAUCACUGCGCCUCAUUACAAGAAAACGUGUCCUAGUUCAUGUUAGUAGUAGAACCCAGGCAGCCUGUCUGUUUUUACGCACAGCCCUACUCCAGAGAAGGCAGCAGCAGUUCAGAUCAGAUUUCACAUUCAGCUCCGACCAGCUGAGAGAGAGAGAACCAGAGAGCAGGAGGGCUCGUUUGUCCGCUUUCGCCUCCGAUACCCCCCUUUCAGUUGUAGCCAGCAGCGCCGCAAAAAGGAAAACUGGUUGCGCGGCGCGUACAUUAAACCUCCGACGGGAUUUCCCCCUCUUUUUUUCUUUUAUGUAUUUUUGCAGGAUUUCAGCGAGAGCGCCACUGAGAAUUAGAUAGAGGGAAGAAGAGAUGGACGAGCAGCCGAGGUUGAUGCACUCUCACACGGGGGUAGGCAUGGCAGGGCACCCCGGCCUGCCGCAGCAUAUGCAGGAAGGCACCGGAGGAACGGACGGCGACGGAAGAAAACAGGACAUUGGAGACAUUUUACAGCAAAUUAUGACCAUCACAGAUCAAAGUCUGGAUGAAGCCCAAGCCAGGAAACACGCUCUGAACUGUCACAGAAUGAAGCCUGCUCUUUUCAAUGUUUUGUGUGAAAUCAAAGAAAAAACAGUGCUGAGUAUCCGCGGCGCCCAGGAGGGAGGCGCCCCAGAUCCCCAGCUCAUGCGGUUGGACAACAUGCUGCUGGCAGAGGGCGUAUCCGGUCGAAAAGGCGGUGGUUCGGCAGCAGCAGCAGCUGCAGCGGCAGCCUCAGGAGGAGCGGGGCGGACAACUCGCAGAACCUCUGACUACAGGGCCAAACUGUCCCAGAUCAGACAGAUCUACCACACCGAGCUGGAGAAGUACGAACAGGCAUGCAACGAGUUCACCACACAUGUGAUGAACCUGUUGAGGGAGCAGUCACGCACGCGGCCAAUUUCACCCAAAGAAAUCGAGCGCAUGGUGAACAUCAUCCACCGCAAGUUCAGCUCCAUCCAGAUGCAGCUCAAGCAGAGCACCUGUGAGGCCGUCAUGAUCCUGCGCUCCCGCUUCCUUGAUGCCAGGUGUACGGAAAGACGGAACUUCAAUAAGCAGGCGACAGAGAUCCUGAAUGAGUAUUUCUUCCACCUCAGUAACCCUUAUCCCAGCGAGGAGGCUAAAGAAGAGCUGGCAAAGAAGUGCGCCAUCACAUUGACUCAGGUAUCCAACUGGUUUGGGAAUAAACGAAUCAGAUACAAAAACAUUGGUAAGUUCCAAGAAGAAGCCAACAUGUACGCUGCGAGAACUGCCGUGAAUGCGGCUAAUGCAUCCUCACAUGGAAGCCAAGCAAAUUCACCCUCAACUCCAAACUCUGCAGGUUCUGCUGGCUCUUUUAACAUGUCAAACUCCGGCGACUUGUUCAUGAGCGUGCAGUCUCUUAAUGGGGACUCGUACCAGGGGGCUCAGGUGGGAGCCAACGUGCAGUCACAGGUGGAUACCCUUCGCCAUGUUAUCAGUCAGACAGGCGGAUACAGUGAAGGACUCACAGCCAACCAGAUGUACAGUCCGCAGGGCAUCAAUGCAAACGGUGGCUGGCAGGAUGCUCCCACCCCCUCAUCAGUGACUUCACCCACAGAAGGACCCGGAAGCGUUCACUCCGACACCUCCAACUGAUCCUCCCCACCCUCGUGCUCUUUUGCCACAACAACCUCCCCCACCAUUAUCACCCCAAACUUCACCUUUGACCCCAUCAGGACUGGACAUAAUACAUUUGGCGGGACACAGCUGGGGUCUGGGAUGACGUUACCACCAUACGGACAACAAUUUCACUUUUCCUAUCUGGACCACUGCAGCCUCAUACCCACACCUCACAGUUUGUACAGUUUCCACUCGAUGUCCAUGUUGCCUCUUUGUAUUUCUCCUUACAUGUUAUAACUCACGUAGGCGCACAGCUAGCAGCAUAAAGCCCACGUCUUGUAAAUUGAGAUGCUUUCACUCUACCUCUAUUCGAAAUACCAACACAGACAGCAAACAAAUUUUUAUAAUUAUUGAAAUUUUACCGUGCACCACCCCUUUCCCUUCCAUUAAGCAUCUGUUUUAUUACCAUGCUCGCACAUUUUUUAUCUCUAGUGCCAAAGUUCAACCCUGGAGGUGAAUUUUGAUAAUGAUACAUUUCACACUUUUAUGUCCUUACAUUUUUCAUGCCAUUACUUGAAGAAUUAUCACAUUAGUCAAGUCUCAGUUGAUACAGUUUGUAUUUUCAGGCAUUUUCUUUUAUUUGCCAGAUUUUAUGUUUGGUUUUUUUCAGUACAAGGCAGAAAAUGUACCAUUUACAUGUGAGCUAUUAACAAAACAUGUCAUCUAGCUCUUGUUUCAUCCACAGAAACUGAGAAAUUGACAUGAAAUGCAUAAUCAGUUAUGACGUUAGUGACAAUUAUCAUACGUAAAUGUGUACUAAAGCACAAUGACAAGUCCUGAUUGAACUCCAAUGUAUGUAAAUGUCAAAGGGGCAACAACAGAGGGGAAAUGUGUCGGAAAUUAUGGUGUAGCAGUGCGAUAGCCAAAUACCGCUGGUAACCAAAUCCAAAAGGAAAGUUUAAUUCUAAUUUUAGGUGCCAUGUUGAUGUCUUUUCGUUGAGAUUUUACAUAUGGAGUUGGAUUCAUGUCGUAAUCGGAGCACACAGAGGUGUAUUUGGAGCACAAGAUGGAUAAAAACGUCUUGAUAUUUUACCAGAAAACCUCAUCUGUUCCUUUAAUUGUGGCACAAAUGUAACUCCACAGUUUUUUUUUUUUUUUUAAGGACAGAAAAAGCGAAACCCUGGUCUCUGGUACCACGCAGAAACAACAGGGUUCAUAUUUUCAGUGUCCAGGGUCCCUUCACUUUUUGUUUCUAUAAGUUAACACCACGAUCACCUUCAUAACCCGAUCUAAAAUGUGAAGUUCGAUUUGUAACCUUUGUUGUAUGUACAGUAUAGUAUGUGGUCUAACAUGUAUACAUAAGUACAAUAGUCCUCAUGAGAUAUCAGCAUUUACACACUUUGAUACCAAAAAAGGCAGAAUUUUUAUCCUCUACAUUGGGAUCAGCUUUAUCUACAUGUUGAGUUUUUCCUCUUUUCAAAGGAUUUUAUUCUCUAAGUAGGUAGGUUGGUACUGGGGAGUGCCUCCACGUGCUCUAGUACUCUGUAUUCAAAGCCAAAAAAAAGCACUUAGAAUACAGUCAUGUUUAUAUAACUUACAAUGGAAACACUGAUGGCACACAAAUCCAGAUGAUGUUGGAUAUAUUUUUAUGUCUCCAUUUUGUGAAUAACUCAUCAUAUUUCUUUUGUUUUUGUUUGAUUUUUUUUUUUGCUUUGCUACAGGACUAUGUUUCAUUUUUAUGCUACCAUUAUAUGUGAAUUAGCCCAAGAAUGCUCUAUAUACAGUAUGUAGAUAUGCACCUUUACUCUUCUUUUGCAUCUUUGACUUUGGACAGUAACCAUCUUUAACACAGAAAGAAAAGCAGACGCCGUUCCCGAUCAGAUGAAAUCCUUUGUUUUGUUUUGUACUGGGUUGACAAAGACAAGCUUAAAUCCAAGAUGGCUGCCGUCCAAAUGAAGGUGACGUGAAAAUUAGUGUUAACAUCACCCCUGCGGCUUUGUUUUUCGUUUCUUUUCGCUUUAAACAAACAAAACUAAAACCCCCAAACUAGUUUCACAACAACGUAAAAGCCACCGGUAUUUUUUUACUUCGUCAAUGUGUUCAUAUUGGUUACACACAUGAAAUCAUGGUAGUUUUUGGAGCUACAGCCACAGCUCCGCCUCCACUCACCUGCUCAGUAUUACAGCGGAGGGGCCCGAGCACCACUGACACAGAACUUGCCUCCGUCGUGUUCAGGAGGUCAUCGGAGUGAACUGACAGCAGCAGCGGCCAUGCGGCAAACACAGCCGAUUGUUUUUGCACCUCCCAACCCCCCACCCCCCCAUGCCAUCCCUCCCUCCCCCUCGAAAACAAGGCUUAACUCUACUUUUCACAUUGCCUGUCAAAUAUUAUCGAAGCUUCAUGUAAUGAUGCUUUUAGUUUUUGAAUAUAAAAGGAAAAAGAGACAUGAAAAGAAAAAUGAACAAUUUGUAAAACAUGAAAUGUUUUAUUUGUUGCAUGUCUUUUGUUCUUCAAUAAAAUAACGUACUGCAGUGUUUUGAAUGUUAACUUCUUUUUUAUAAGGAUUUCAGAGUGAAAUCGUGGAGCCUUUUUCUUGACAGGUUUUAACUUUUAAGAUCUAUGUAAAAAGGUAUCACAUGGAAAACUAUUGUCUUUUUAAUUCCAAUUCAAAUCCUGUUUUCUGUGGAGAAAAAUAGCUGAAAGGUGUAGGUUUUAUGGUCUCUUAAUUUGUACUGGCAAUGCGUAUCCCAAAUAAAUAGUUUCUUUUGUUGCAUAAA